UUCAUCUGGAUCGAACUGGCGUGCAUUCGUACGUGUUGCGUUUUUAUUUUGUAAAACUUGUGUAUUCCGUUUUUCCCACUUUGUUGGUUGUAAUUCAACGCUAGUUUAAUCCUUUUUGCGAAGAAUCAUCAUGAACGGAUUCGAUGAUGUUGGAGUGUUCUUCUCCGAUAACUUUGACGGCGAUCAGCAGCAAAAUGAGAACCAGAUCAAUCUACAGCAAGUGAAGAAAAAGUAUAGAGAAUUCAUCCGGACCUUCUGUGAGGCCAACUUUAUGUACAAAUACCGUGAUGCCUUGAAGCGAAACUACUUGCUCGGACGCUACUACCUGGAGGUGGAAAUCGAGGAUCUGGCUGGGUUCGAUGAGUCUCUGGCAGACAAACUAUACAAACAGCCAACGGAGCAUCUGCAGAUUUUCGAAGAGGCUGCUCGGGAAGUGGCCGACGAAAUUACAUCCCCUCGUCCGGAGGGUGAGGAGCAGGUGCACGACAUUCAGGUGCUGCUGGGAUCCGGUUCCAAUCCCACCAACAUACGCGAUCUGAAAUCGGACAGCGUUUCGAAGCUGGUAAAGGUGGCCGGUAUCAUCAUAGCCGCGUCCGGCAUCAAAGCCAAAGCGACGCGCAUUUCCAUCCAGUGCCGGUCGUGCAGCAAUGUCAUCCCGAAUUUACCGGUCAAUCCGGGCCUCGAGGGUUACCAGAUGCCACGCAAGUGUAACACGGAGCAGGCAGGUCGGCCGAAAUGUCCCCUCGAUCCGUAUUUUAUCAUGCCGGACAAGUGCCGGUGUGUCGACUUCCAAGUGCUGAAGCUGCAGGAACUUCCCGACUUCAUCCCGCAGGGCGAGAUCCCACGCCACAUGCAAUUGUUUUGCGACCGAAGCCUGUGUGAGCGAGUGGUCCCGGGCAAUCGGGUGAUGAUUCACGGCAUUUUCUCCAUCCGGAAGAUCGCACGCCAGGGCAAGGCUGACGGUCGUGAGAAGCAGAUUGUUGGUGUGCGCGCUCCGUACAUGCGGGUCGUUGGAAUAAGUGUCGAUGCGGAGGGUAAGGGAGCGAUCUCGCGUUUCAACAACAUUACCACUGACGAAGAGUCGAUGUUCCGUAAGCUGGCAGCCAGUCCCAACAUCUAUGAAACGCUGGCGGAAAGUUUGGCUCCAAGCAUUUUCGGCUCCCAGGACAUUAAAAAGGCCAUUAUUAGCAUGCUGUUUGGCGGGUCGCGUAAACGAAUGCCAGAUGGUUUGACGCGCCGUGGUGAUAUCAAUAUUCUGCUGCUGGGUGAUCCCGGUACGGCCAAGUCGCAGCUGCUGAAGUUCGUCGAGAAGGUUGCUCCGAUUGCGGUUUAUACUUCCGGCAAGGGCUCGAGUGCUGCCGGUUUGACUGCGUCGGUCAUCCGGGAUCCGGCCACACGUAACUUCGUCAUGGAGGGCGGUGCGAUGGUACUGGCAGACGGGGGCGUCGUGUGUAUCGACGAGUUCGACAAGAUGAAAGAGGACGAUCGCGUUGCGAUCCACGAAGCGAUGGAACAGCAGACGAUCUCGAUUGCUAAGGCAGGCAUAACGACGACCCUGAAUUCACGCUGCUCGGUCCUGGCUGCGGCCAACUCGAUCUUCGGCCGUUGGGAUGACACCAAGGGUGAUGAGAACAUUGAUUUCAUGCCAACGAUUUUGUCCCGUUUCGAUAUGAUUUUCAUUGUGAAGGACGAGCACGAUCAGAAGCGGGACAUUACGCUCGCGAAACAUGUCAUGAACGUGCACAUGAACGCGUCCAAGGCGAACCCGACGGAACCGAAGGAGGGUGAGAUUCCACUUGCGACGCUGAAGAAGUACAUUCACUACUGCCGGACGCACUGCGGCCCGCGGUUGAACGAACCGGCGGCUGAGAAGCUGAAAAGCCAGUACGUUCGCCUACGAGCAGGCGUAGGCGAACACGAACGGGCCACCGACAAACGGAUGUCGAUUCCUAUCACAGUCCGCCAGCUGGAGGCCAUCAUUCGCAUCUCGGAGUCGCUCGCCAAGAUGCACCUGCAACCGUUCGCAACGGAAGCUCACGUCAGCGAGGCGCUCCGUUUGUUUGCCGUGUCGACGAUGGCCGCCGCCAACAGUGGCUCGUUGGCCGGCGCCGAAGGGUUCACCACCGAGGAGGACACGGAGGUGUUGAACCGCAUCGAGAAGCAGUUGAAGCGCCGGUUUGCCAUCGGUUCGCAAGUCUCGGAGCAGAACAUUCUGGCGGAUUUUGCGCGCCAAAAGUACCCGGAAUCGGCGGUGCGGAAGGUCAUCCAUACGAUGAUCCGGCGAGGGGAACUGCAGCACCGCAUGCAACGUAAGAUGUUGUACCGUUUGUCGUAGGGGGAGGGUAGGGAAAAAUAUCCUCCGUAUGACACUGAAUUUUUUUGUCAACUUGUGUGUGCGUUUUUACUACUCUUAACUCUUUUCCAUCAUAAUAUACGACCUGUUUUUUUUGCAAUAAAAUAAUGCUCCGUAG